GGGUCACACACAGGACCAAGCAGGAGCAGGACCUCAGCAUUUUUACUUUUUAUUACAAAUGGAGAAACAUGAAGAUGUUCAAUACUGUUUUCAGGACAGAAACUCUUCUUGCAGAAAGGCUUUUCUAUCGACAUCUAUCUACAUAACACUGUACAUCUUCUUCUCAUUGAUUUCAGCAGUUACAGUAUUUUUGAACGUACUGGUGAUCAUCUCCAUCUCUCACUUCAAGCAGCUCCACACUCCAACCAACCUGCUCAUCCUCUCUCUGGCUGUGUCAGAUCUCCUGGUGGGACUGAUUGUGAUACCAGUAGCGACUUUAACAAUAAUGGAACCAUGCUGGGGUUUUGGGGAAUAUUUCUGUGUGUUUCAAUUCUACAUUACUUUUUUAUGUACUACUUUAUCGCUUGGCAAUUUGGUCUUGAUAUCUAUUGACCGCUAUGUUGCUGUGUGUGAUCCCUUAUUGUACCACUCUAAAAUAACAAUAACAGGAACUAUCUGUUGUAUAUCCAUUACCUGGUGUUGUUGUAUCCUAUACGAUGCUGUUAUUAUACAAAACUUUGUAAAUGUGCAGACACCCAGUAGGUGUUUAACAGAAUGUGUUAUUGUUGAAGGAAUAACAUGGGUUAAUAUAAUUUACAUUGUUUUUAUAAUGGUUGUCCCGUGCUCUAUUAUUAUAACACUUUAUAUGAACAUCUUUGUGGUGGCCAGAUCACAGGCCAGAAAGGUGUUUUCAAAAGAGGCUGCCAGUGAGUCUGGUGUUCAAACUGUACAUGCAAAUAAGUCUGAGAGAAAAGCAGCAAAAACUCUAGGUAUUGUUGUUUUCACCUAUCUCCUUUCUUGGAUUCCAUCUCUAUUCAUUUACUUUGUUUUUUCUGUUAUAGGUGAUCAUUUAAUAUCAUAUUUCACCAGUUAUCUGGCAUUUGUUAAUUCCUUAAUUAAUCCAAUCAUUUAUGCUUUCUUUUAUCCAUGGUUCAAAGUGACAGCUAAACUUAUAUUAACUUUGAAGAUAAGACAUUUAUAGUUCCUAUAAUAUGAUUCACUAGUUCGGCAAACAUAGGUUUGAUAUAGUUUUGUUCAACAUUUGUUGUAAUUAUUUCAUGUUACAAUACACCGACAUGACUUAUCUCAGUGUUGUCAUGAUUGAUACAUGUGGUGUUGAUACUGAAUGUUUUGUCUGGAUUGGAAUGGAAUGCCUUGGAGAAGGCAUAUGAAGGAAUAAGCUUGUUUUAUAAAAUACAUUGUAGUCAUUGUGGAUUGUGUUCUCCAAAUACCUAAGGCUGUGGUUGUUCCAUGUUAAUGAUAAAUAGUAUGUAAGUGUUCUAAUAGUACAUUCUGAGGACGUCAUGAGUCAUUCUGUAUGUUGUUUAACAUCUCCCUCUAGUGGCUCAAUUGUGACACGUCUUCAUCAAGUAAAGUAAAGUUCAAAUGAACAAGGAAUUUCCAGUUUGCUCACCAUUUAAUAUUAAGGCCACAUUUACAAAAUGUUAUUCAGCUAGGUAUUCUGACAUUUAUAAAUAACUACUACAGUAUAUACAUGAAUUAUUCAACACAACAGUGCAGGAGACCACAGCAGACACUUCAAACUCAACAUACUGGGUAUUGUCACAGACCGGCUCAUAGCCUGUGGCACAAAUGAGGGGACACGAACAGGUAUAAGCCAAUCAAAGAGGUUCUUUAUUGUAAACAAAACGAUUAACUUUAAACAAAGAAAAGGGAAUGAGGUGUGGAAGUAUCAUAAUGUGAGGUGUAUGUAAAGUAUCAUAAUGUAAGGUGUAUGUAAAGUAUCAUAAUGUAAGGUGUAGGUAAAGUGCAGG